AUGUCGGCAACUUACAUACAGAGUAAUGAUGCAGAAAGAAGCAGCAGUAAUAAUUCGCCUAUUUCAGAUCAGAAUAAAAUCUGCCAAUGGUAUUGCUGCCUGUGUGGCCAAUGCUUUGGACAAAUUUACUAUAAAAAUUUAGAGAAGAAAGAACUUACAUAUACAAAUGACUCAGGAGCCACUGGAAACAGCUCCAUUGUGGAGAAUAAUUUAAUGGACCGUUUGAAGUACUACUCUAAAAUUGUAUAUAACCAAUCUGAAUCUACGGACACCAGAGAGAAUAAUAAAAUAGAAAACGAAGAUGAAAAUAGUGAUUAUUUUCAAGUGCUUCCCACACCAAAUAGUGGAUUAAACUCCCCUGGAACAACGACGUUAGAGUUAAACGACAGAAAUUACGACUUUAAUUUCAAAAGAGAAGCUGGUCCUAGGAACCAUUUACAUCCAGAUGACGCCCAAUCUAAUAAUAACCCAUACCCCAAUACUCACGGGACGUCGCCUAAAGUGGUUCUUAAGAUACCCACGCGAUUCACUUGCCAUCGAUGUGAUCACAUGAUGUGUCCAUAUUGCCCAAAAAUACGGCUUAAAGACAUAGAUAACGAUAUUCAAUGA